GAUCACUGUGAAGUUCUAAACUUCAGAGGCAGCAGCAGACCCGUAAUGUCUGCCAUUCGCCACUUUAUAGGCGCCCUACCUGCAGGGCGCAGGUCGUAUUCCUCGUUUUUCUCCUCCAAACCCGGUGGUGGUCGGUACUUCAAUUCAGCAAAGGCAAAGUCUGCAGUCGUAGCCGCGAAGAGCAGCUCAAAGGCCGACUCGAAGCCCAAGGACACGUCGUCGACGUCGACAGCAACAACCACCGCCAAUCCGAACGCGACGAACCAGGAUGGUAUGGACUCUAGUGCAAAUCCGACGACGAGGACGGUAGCUGAUGCGCAAGUCUCCUCACUGCCUGUGACGGCUGCUGGACGACCUCCUCUCUCUUCCUCCCCUUCUCCACCCACAGGCGCCAGCUCCUCCGAAGUAGAAGUGAAGCAGCAGUUCGUAGAGCCGGUCGAGCACUCUAUGCACAUCCACCCCGUCAUGUCUUCCAAGGACUUCAAACUACACCAGUUCUUCGCUCUCCACCGCCCACUCCUUCUCCUCAACAACUCACCCUCGCUGUUUACCUCAGGCCCCUCACUAGAAUCGAUAUUGUCGACGUCCGGCCAAGUCCAGCCCAGACAGGAAAGCGAAACACAGGCACAGCAACCGUUGUCAGUCUUCGACGAUUUCCCCGCCGACGCCUCAAUAGACGCUGACGCUGAGGCGGCGCGCCAGCUGGCCAGGGGGCUGACGCUCAACAAGGCUGGGCCGGCAGUGGCCUGGGAGGAUACACUGAAGAGGCUCGGUCUGGACCCUUCGCGUGACCCUGAACGUGUCACCAUGCAGGAGCAGAUGGACAAGGAUUGGGAGGAUGUACAGAUCUUGCUUGAUAGCACCAAGAGGAAGCGACGAAAGAAGAUGAAGAAACACAAGUAA